UUUUGCCACUCAACUACUUGUAUCGGGGCAACAUGACCAGUCGACAAUCGUACGAACUGCGCUCGAGAUCAGGCACUCCGUUCGACACACCGCCGCCGAAGUCAGGGAGAUGGAUGGCGCAGACGCCGCAAGAGACCGAGGACGAUGGAGACCGUGAUGGGGCGACCUCUACCCACAUCCAUCCGACCGAAGGGACAAGCGAGACGCCCACGAGUUCCACGUUUACCGGUGACUCGGCUGCGUUCCGCGACGACAGCGAGUUCACGACUGAGUACAGCGACGACAGCGACGACAAUCAAGUGCAGUUUAUCAAGCACAACAAGCCUCGCUUUGGGAAACGCGUCCACGCCGUCGCGGUGUCUGCUUUUCGCAUGCUCUUGGAGGUAGUCAACUUGACGUGGUUCUUGCUUCCGUUCAUCUGCCUCGUUGUGGCGCUGGUGCUUCCCCGGUACUUGAUCGCGGCCAUUCAGGCGACGCCGGCGUCGUUGGCUGCACCAGGACAAGGGCAUGUAAACUCGAUGAGCAGCAUCCAAGCGCACAUGGACGCAAUGAUCAAGGACAUCGGCCACUUUAAAAAGUUCCAACACGAACAUGAAGCCCGCAUCGAAGAAGUGAUGAUUCUAUACGACCAGACGACCAAGCAGCUCGAUACGCUCGUGGACACGACGAGGUCGGCGACGUCCGGCGGCAACAACGGAGCGGUGCUGGAGCACGUGACAGACAUGAUUCAAACGGCGCUCAAGAAAUCCAUUCGCGACCUGAAAUCCGAGUACAAGGCGGCGCUGCAGCCGUUGGAAGCCAGUUUGCGUCAAAUAUCGACCCAAGCGACGUUGUUGGAGAGCGACGUCAAGACGCACAAGGCCCGACUGACCGACGUGGAAGACUUGGUCGAAGGUACCAAGGCGCAACUACUAGACGCGACCAGCCCCCAGCUGCUGGAGCGCCAGAUCGCGUCGAUCGUGGCCACGGAACUGGUGGUCGUGCAAGCCAAAGUGUCGCGGGCGGUGGCCGAAGAGACGGCACGACUGCGCAACGCGACCCAGGGCGACCUCGAGCGACUCGUGGACCGAAAGGUCGCCGCGUGGACUGUACACACCAGCCGUCCAGACGACUCGACAACCCCCGGCACAGCAGCUCCAUCGGGGCGGGUGGAUUACGCGAGCUUUGCCAGCGGCGGCCGCGUCGUGCGCCAUAAAACCGAUUUGGUGGGAGGUUCGUCUUGGGCGUCGGCAGUGCAGAACCUGUUUUUCGCCACGUCAUCGUCGUCGACGUUCACGUCCAAGUCGUUGACCCCGUUCCCUCUUUGCUCGAUCGUCGCUGGCCAGUCGUGCCAAAAUAGCAAGCCCGAGACUGCCAUCUCCGUACGUGCGCCCCCCUCCUCUCGUGUCCAUCCCAUGGAUAUUGGAGGAUUGUUCCUAUGGAUAUGUAUGUAGCCGAAUGUGGCCAUUGGGCAAUGCUGGGGCCUCGCGUCCAAUUCAGGCAGUUUGUCUGUGAAAUUGGCGCACCCGAUCGUCGCCGACACUGUCGAGCUGUACCAUAUCGAUCCAUCAAUUGCCCCAGACUUUUCGUCGGCCCCGAAACACUUUCAAGUGCUGGGUUUGGUCGUGGACGGCACGGACGUUCGCCACGUGGAUUUGGGAUCGUUUACGUACCACGAGAACCACGAACCAUUGCAGCGAUUCCCAUUGAAUCACCACGCUGCGGUUGUGCAUGGAGUGACGCUGCGUGUCUUGUCGAAUUACGGCAACGACAAGUACACGUGCCUGUAUCGGUUCUCGGUGCACGGCGCUCGCAAGUAAUCGCCAAUAUAAAACGCCCACGAUUCCAAUG